AUGACUUCCAUUGAUUACGAAUCCUAUGCUAAAGAAAUUGAUUGUUGGUAUAAUGAUGAACAAUUUAUUAGUUUGAGGACAGCUCAGGAGCUUUCUCAGAUCUUUGAUUUCUGCAAAUUUACAAAAAGUCAAUUCAUGGAAACAUUUACUAUACUCAAUAGGGAAUUUGGGUCUUCAGAUAUGUUCAUUCUCUCUCAGCAUGUUAAAAUAGACAACUUAGACACUAUCGAAUCAAGCCUUGAAAUUUUAGAAUUUUAUGCUAAAUUAUUUAAUAGCAAGAUAAUAUUUGAUAUAUCUUCUUUCAUCAAAUCCCAAAGUAGCAAAAUUAUUAAAAAAGAAUUAUCAAAUUUCAACAUAAAUUCAAGCGAUUUUGAAAAACUUUAUACCAUAUUAUUAAAAGAAAGUGAUUCUGAAGACAGUGAUCCGAUUAGUUUUGUUCAAAAAUGUAACUCUCUACUUCUUUUUUCAGCCCAAAAUAAUGACAACAAAGUGAUUGAAUAUCUUUGCUCUCUUCCAUAUAUUGAUGUCAAUACCAAAGAUAUCUAUAGCAUGACUCCACUUCUUUACGCCGCACAAAAUAAUAAUAGCCAAGCUAUCAAAUACCUCUGUUCUAAUCCAAAGAUUGAAAUCAACAUUAAAGAUAAAAGCUAUAUGACAGCGUUGCAUUAUGCCAUUAAUUAUAGUAAUCUUGAAGCAAUAAAUUAUAUUUGUACAAUUCCUAAUAUUAGUAACAACGUCAAGAACGGAUAUAUUAUGACUGCUAUCUUUUAUGCUGCUAAGAAUAGUAAUUUGGAAGUAAUCAAAUGUCUCCUUUCCCUUCCUAAUGCCAACAUUAAUAUCGGAAUUCUUACAACAGCUCUGAUUUAUUCUAUUCAGAAUCCUAAUAUUGAAGUCUUUAAGUAUCUUUGCACUUAUCCAAAUGUUGAUAUUAAUGCAAAAAUUAAAGAUGGUAUGAGUAUUCUUCAUUACGCAGUUCAAAACAAAAAUAUUAAAGCUAUAGAAUAUCUAAGCUCUAUUCCUAAUUUUGAUAUCAAUGCAAGAGAUAAAUGCAAUAAGACAGCUUUGUUACUAGCUGCUGAAUCUUAUAAUGUUGAUGCUGUCAAAUUUAUUUGUUCUCAUCCGAAUAUUAAUGUUAAUGCCAAGGAUAACGAGCUUAAGACAGCUCUUCAUUACGCGAUCCUAAAUAAAGAUACUGAAGUCCUCGUAUAUCUUUGUUCGGUUAGUGAUAUCGAAAUCGAUGCAAAAGAUAUGAAAAAUAAAUCAGCUUAUGACUGUGCCAGAGAGUAUGAUUAUACAGAAUGCAUAAAAAUUCUUUCUUGUUUUUACUAA